UCAUCAGCGCGUGUCCAUCGAAUCGGCAGUGAAAAUGUGCCAUCGGCGGUUCUUCAGCAGCAAGUACACCAGUUUCCACAAGAAUCACAUCAAGUUGUUUGCCGUUUACAUGAAAACGGCGAAUUUAAUGCAAAAUUCCAACGUGCUAAAGCGUUCGCUGUAAGCGCCGCUGUCUCUACCGUCGCCUCCC